GGUGCAGAGCUAUCGGAUUCACUGACACAAGUCAGCACGACUGGAUCUAAUUGUUCUCAUCCAGCUGAUCCAGAAAAUAACGACCCCGUUGAUCGCGCUUUGCUAGCUGAAGUAUUGCAGUUGGGCUUUGAGGAAGCAAUUGCUAUCUUAGCUAUAUCGAAGACCAAAGGAGUGCAGUCCACCAGUGCCGUAAGCAGACAGCAUAAAAUGGUAUUCGUUGUGAACAUGAGUCUGAAAAUGGGAACGGGGAAGCUGGCUGCGCAAGUUGGCCAUGCAACACUGGGUGUUUAUCGUCUUGCUCAGAGAAGCGAAGACCGCUCAACAAAAUUACCUAGUAAGUCGCAACACGCUUUCCUGAUGUGCUUCAUACUGCGGUCCAGAUUUCAUGAAUAUAUUUGUGCUUUACCACUCCAGUGCUGCACACAUUUUCAGGGACAAAAUGCGUUGGAAGCUUGGAGGAUGUUUGGUGAAAUGAAAGUGGUGGUUAAGGGACAUAACACUGAAAUGCUUCUCGACAUUUUCAAGCAAGCAAAAGAUUCAGGUCUGUUUGCUUACAUUGUGUCCGAUGCUGGGCGUACGCAAAUUCCAGCAGGCUCACGAACUGUUCUGAGUGUAUUUGGUCCAUCGGAAGUGGUUGAUACGGUUACUGGCCAGUUAAAACUUCUGUGA